AUGUCUCUUCAGGUUUCCCCUCAGGCACCAUGGAGGAACAACAAUAUCUCGUUUUUGAACAAAGAUGUUCCCGUCUCAGAACAAGGAGAAACAAUUAUUGGCUUCUAUCUCCUGGCACUUGGUUGGAUGUCUUGGUUUGGAAACAGCAUUGUAAUUUUUGUACUAUAUAAACAGAGAGCUACCCUUCAGCCCAUGGAUUAUCUCACAUUUAACCUGGCUGUAUCCGAUGCCAGUGUCUCUGUCUUUGGUUACUCUCGUGGUAUCAUUGAAAUUUUUAAUGUAUUCAGAGACGAUGGAUUUCUUAUCACAUCAAUAUGGACUUGUCAGGUGGAUGGGUUUCUAACGCUGCUGUUUGGUCUUGCUAGCAUUAACACACUCACAGUGAUUAGUGUGACUCGCUACAUAAAAGGGUGCCAUCCUGAUCGCGGACAUUGUAUCAGCAAUAGCAGCAUCUCUGUGGCCCUUUUUCUUAUAUGGAUAGCAGCUUUCUUCUGGUCGGUUGCUCCAGUCCUGGGAUGGGGCAGUUACACAGACCGCAUGUACGGAACCUGUGAAAUAGACUGGGCAAAAGCCAACUUCUCGACAAUCUACAAGUCUUACAUAGUGUCCAUCUUCAUCUGCUGCUUCUUCCUACCUGUGUCUGUCAUGGUUUUUUCAUAUGUGUCCAUCAUCAAUAGAGUCAAGUCAAGCCAUGUGUUAAGCGGAGUGGGCGAUCCAACCGACAGGCAGAGGCGCACGGAACGAAGCGUCACAAGGGUCUCCAUCGUCAUUUGCACGGCCUUUAUCACGGCCUGGUCCCCCUACGCAGUCAUCUCCAUGUGGUCUGCCUACGGCUACUCUGUGCCUAAUCUGACCAGCAUCCUCGCCAGCCUUUUUGCCAAGUCCGCCAGUUUCUACAAUCCCAUCAUCUACUUUGGAAUGAGCUCCAAGUUCCGGAAGGAUAUCUGCAUCUUGGUGCACUGUGCCAAAGAGAUCAAGGACCCCGUGAAGCUCAAGCGGUUCAAGAAGCUCAAGCAGAAGCAGGAAAAUUCACCUUCUCACAGAGAGGGCAAAUAUGCCGCAGAUGUUCAGCCUGCUCUAAGUCCUGAUUCCGGGGUGGGGAGUCGUUCCAACACCCCUCCCCCUGUGAACCAGGAAGUGUAUUUUGGUGCUCUUGAGACCCCCUCCAACAAUCCCAACAUUGAAUGUGACAGACUGUGA